AUGAGCGAAACAACAACAUCUAACAUUACAGAAGAAGUCAAUGACAAUGCCGAUGAAAACAUUACAGAAGGAGCUAGUGAAAAUAUUGACGAGUUCAGUGAGGAAGAAGAUAUUGAGGACGUCAAUGAGAACGUUAGUGGGAACAAACUCAAUGGGAAACAUUGA